AAGCUCCUUAAUCCUCUUAACUGAAGACUUGAGUAUAUCUGGCUAUGGUUAGGGACUCGUUGUUUACAAUAAUGUUAGACACGGGAGGCUCAUGUCUGACAUUUCACGACAAAGUGCUCGUGCAUUCGUGAAACUUUGUCAAGGCGACUUUGUUGGAAAACUAUCAAUAUAACUCGAAUGAAAGUUGAGAUUUCAGCAUCUUUCAUCCCAUAGAGUGAUACCAUAUUGUGUCUUUAAACUGUGGGACAGUUUUGCUGUUUUGGAACCUUCUGAUUUAAUAAUGGACUUCCAUGCUGCAAUGGAAACUUUUGCCGAAGCAUGGGUUGCUGCCAAUGUCCACACAGCAGUGAACACAGACCCAGGACAGAUAAACAAGCAGAAUAUGGAAGAUCAACCGUCACAUGUAUCUAAAGAUCAUCCAAAAGUAAUUGCCAACCACCAACAACCACCAACUUCCCAACCAACCAGCCCUACAGCAGGUAUGUAUACUUAUACAACCACCAACUUCCCAACCAACCAGCCCUACAUCAGGUAUGUAUACUUAUACAACCACCAACUUACCAACCAACCAGCCCUUCAUCAGGUAUGUAUACUUAUACAACCACCAACUUCCCAACCAACCAGCCCUACAGCAGGUAUGUAUACUUAUACAACCACCAACUUCCCAACCAACCAGCCCUACAGCAGGUAUGUAUACUUAUACAGCCACCAACUUUCCAACCAACCAGCCCUACAUAAGGUAUGUAUACUUAUACAACCACCAACUUUCCAACCAACCAGCCCUACAGCAGGUGCCAAGUCCCUACCAAUUCACUGUGUGGUAGAACAGACCAGCGGACCAGUAUCCUUUGAUGAUGACGGAAGUUCACACUACACAGUAGAACUUGACAGCUACGCGAUUCUACCAUGUACAACACUGUUCUCAGAAUUAGUGAGGGCAGCACUGGUCAAGCUGGGUUACAAUUCAACAGAAUCAAUGAACGCUAAAGGAGCUAUACAGAUUAAAAACUGGCGACCUUUGACCUUUGAGGCAAUCAGCAACAACCCAAAGUCAACAGUAGAGGAUAUACUAGGGGAGCUAACUCAGGUUGCCAAAUUGAGAAUUAGGCUUUGCAGCAAGGCCAAGAUAAGUUCUGUUGAUGAGGUCAAGGGGAGGUUACUCCAGUUAUUGCUGAACCAAUCACAGGGCUUGCUGAUGAACUCUGGCUGUCCUAUAGAAAAGUCUCUUCUUACCACAUUUGCCAAAGGUGAUGCUUACGCUAAUUUAUCACCAGAACUUCGACAAGCUUUUGACAAAUGGUAUGCAGAGCAGAUUCGUAGCGUCAAGCCAGAGGAGAGUAGAAAUACACAUGAGACAUCUCCAGAAAAACAGGCAGAGACCAUUCAACAUACAGAGUCUACAUCUGUUUCAUCUAGUAUGCCAUCGGCCAUUACUUCUUCACCACACUAUCACUGUAAGACAAGAAUGAGAACUUCUUUUGACCCUGAGCAUGAGAUUCCUAGACUACAGAGAUGGUUUCAGGACAAUCAGCACCCAACACGAGAACAGAUGAUACAUUACUUAGAUGAGUUAAACUCACUCGAUGCUAGAAAAGGCAGAAGACCUUUAGACCUGACCAAUAUUAUUUAUUGGUUUAAAAAUGCAAGAGCCGCCCAUAGGAGAGCUUCUAGACAAUUUGAUGGAGAUGGAUCAUUUGAUUUGGAGGAUGGACAGGGAACUAGUCCUACUGGUGACCACAACUUACCUUACCUUCCAAAUAAGAAUGCAGUGUAUAUGCUCCCCUACCCUAUCCAUGGCCAUUACCCUACAACUGAGGAUUCUCGUCUCCCUUCAGAAAAUGCCAAAGGUCAAAACAUAUCAAACGAAGAUUCUCGGGAACCUUUUGAUUUAUCACAGUCUCGUACUUCUAGUCAAAGCAAAUCUCCUGUGGAAGUAAAGAGAGAAGUUACCUCCCCUUUAAAUAAAGAACAAGGGAGCGUUCAACUGAAACAGGAAGCAGACGACACUGAAAACAACAAUAAGAGCAGUCCUGCAGUGAAUGGUUGUAAUAAAUCUGAUGAUUCUAGUCCAAGAGAAACAAAUAAUUACGAUGGCAAUAGUAAAAUGAACUCUGAUUCAGAAGUUGAUGAUUCUGAGUUUGAAGAUGAUAAAUCUAACGUUGGGUCAGAUUCUAGUCAUGAAGCUGCCAAUCUGUCAAUCAAAAAUAUGGAGAAUCAGGGUUUCCUUAGCAACGGACUUGCACAUUUGCCAAAAACAUCAACAGGGCUUCAUCAACCAUUGCACAUUCCCCAUUUCCCACACCCAUUAGCUAUGCACUAUUUUCCGAUGAAUACUCAUUUUAUGGCGCAGCAAGCUGCACGGUACAAUCAACAACAACAACAACAGACGUCACAGAUGUCAAGGUCAAACUCAUCAAGCAAUACUCAUCGCAAGAGACGCACUCGUGUGUUUAUAGACCCCAUGUCAGAAAUACCCAUACUAGAAAAAUGGUUUGCCGAGGACACUCAUCCAUCUUCGUACAUGAUAGAUAAAUAUACAGAUGAACUGAAUCGUUCUGAAUAUAGACAGAAGUUUCCAAGAUUGGAACCGAAAAAUAUUCAGUUGUGGUUUAAGAAUCAUCGUGCUAAAGUGAAACGAAUGCGCUUGUCGCAGGAUUACGAUCAAGUUAUGUUAGACUCCGAUGACCAGAGUGACAUUAUCAAAAGAGAGAUUCAUUCAUAAUUUGUUGGUGAUAAUAUUAUGUGUUUUGUUAUAUAUAUAUUAUUGGACUAUGUAGGACUCACGUUGUGUAUUGCAUCUUAGGUGCUAGUUUUAAAAAUUAUAUUUGAAAUUUACAUGGUGUAAAUGUUCAGGGAAUUUUAACGCUUAACGAAUAGUUUGUUUAAUGGGUGUUUUUUUCUUUCUCUCCUACGCAUUCUCGUCUUCUUUGUCUUUUGCAACAGCAAUAAAAGAAAAAAAAUUAAUAGAUUAAAGCAAUAAAUCAUUUUUUUUUUUUUCAGAUAACAUAAAUAUUAUAUUUAAAUAGUUCACCAUUUUAGAAUCUACAGGAUUAUUGAUAAUUUCAUUAUUUGUACCACAAAAUAAAAUAACUUUACCUCAUUGGUUGAAUUUUUGAUAGUUUAGAAAGUUUUUAGCCAAUCACAUGGUUUUGGUGUAUGCUUUUGAAAAUAUUACCCAGAAUGCAAUAAAUUUGGAACUUGUGAUUAAAGUGGUUUUUUGAGAUAAAAAUACAUAUUGAUGUUUAUUCCAUUGUUUUAAGAGGUUUCUUUACAUGACAAUUUUUUAUCUUUCUCCUGCUAUAUUUAGCACUCAAUCAUAAAACAUGAACAGUAACAGAUUACGCAAAAUGAUGUUUACUGAGCAAUAUAUUUCGUUCUUUCAUCAAAUUUUUAUACACAAAUGCCAUAUUAAAUCAUGAUUCUGAAAUGAAGUCUCUUUUUGUUUAGGUUGUAUUAUUAUGGUACAAAAAGGUAUCGAGUACAAAAAGCAAUAAAUGAAUUUUUAUGUAUAUAAAUAUAAGGAGAUGAGGGGUAUGUCUGAAAAUGUUUGUAUUUUAUUAGUUAGAAACACUGUCUCGAAAAAAAUUGGCAUAAUAUUCAAAAUGUUGCCAUGUAAUAAUUUAAUAUUAGCAAUAAUGAUGAAAUAUUGUGUAUUAUUUAUAAUAAUGGAUCAUGCAAUCAAUAAUUUACUUACCAAAAAUAGAUUUUCAAACUUUUUUUCUGGUCAAUUUAUACUGUAGAACUUUCAGAGAACAUUGUCAAAUCAAAUGCACUAAGUAUCUAAUUAUAUUUUUCUUCAUAUCUAUAGCACUUAUCUACCUUUUAACACUUUCUGUAAAUGUUUGUCCCUGUAUUCCCUGUUAAAUCCCUAUUGAGGAAAAGGUACAAAUCUUUUUACAUGCAAGGAAAUUAGUUCUACAAAUGAAAUACUAUAUUAGCAUUGUCAUACUUUACAUAUGAUACAUUGAAAAUAUAAACAUUAAUUUUCAGUAUUGAAGAAAAUUGAGGGAAAAAAAAUAUAUGUCGUCUAGAAAAAUGCUCUAAAGGGAAAUAACUCUAACGAACUUCAGAAAUUAUAAAAUUCAACAACAGCUUGUGUUCAAGGUAGAACUAAAUGACAAUGUACAUGGUAUGUUAAGUUCUACUUUAAAUGUUGAACAUUCUAUCAGAUUAUUAUAGUUAUUUGUCAAAUUCAUGUACAUGGCAUAAGUAGAAAAAUCAGGAUAGUUAUUUUUUGGUGAAAGGAAUCAGUCUUCUUUAUACUAGAUUUUUAUUUUUUAACUCUCCAGUAUCAAUAUAAAUACUAUGUAUCAGUCAGUUUUGUGUGUGUAUGUCUGCUCUGUUAUCUGUUUGUUAAGUCUCUUCAGUUAAAAAUCUGUUAAUUAUUUUUUUACAUACAUAAGCAAACUGACUAUUAAUGAAUUAUAUUCAUUCAAAACUAUCUGGGUUACCUCCCUUUAAAUAGAAUAUUUCUAAUAUUACUAAAUAUAUAUUGAAUUUUAGUAGAGAUCACAACUUUAAGGUACUCCAUUGCUUAACAUGGAAUUGCUUGCUCAUAAAGCAUGUAUUGACAAGAUCAUUGAUAAUGAGAAGUAAUAAUUGUAAAUAUCCCUUUAAAUUACUAUUGUCAUGUGACACUAUUGUCAUGUGACAAAUUCCUGGAAGACAACCAUUCCCUAGUAUUUAAACUGCUCAGAUUGGCAUGGCUUAUUGUUUUAGACAAGGACUUUUGUCUGCAUUGCAUGAUUUAUAUAACAAAGGUGUCUUGUCUUUUAAAGAUUUGUGGAAUUGGUAAAUUGAAAUUAUUAAAACUACUAGUUUUGUUUUUGAAAAGAAAGAAAUUAAGAAUAAUUCAUCUAAAGUAUAUUUUCUUUUUACAUAAAGAUUCAAAUUUUCACUGAUCAUAUCAGCCAUCUUGUUUUCAUUAUUUUGAACUCCUCCGACUCUUUCAAUUUGAUAAUGUUGGGAGAUUUAACUAGCAAUGUCACACUCAUUCACAGUUAGUGCAUGUCACAGAUUCUUCUGCUAACAAAAAUAGACCUUAAGGAUGAACUUAGGUGAAAUUAAAAAAAUCUAGAAUUUAAAAUUGAUACUAUAAGAAAAGAAAAAUGGGUGUUAUGGGGCAAAAUAUUUUACCCUGUAUCGUAGGAAAAAAACCAAGGAGUCUGAACAUCUGACAAAAAUUCCUAAACCUGACCUAAGUACAUCCUUAAACCCUAAGAAAUGUGCAACUUCUGCAGUUGUGAGCUUUAAACAAUGGUUGAAAUAUUGACGUUUAUAUAUUUUCAAAUUUGCAUGAAAUUUGUCAUUAUUGUAAAGCUAGGAUUAAAAAUUUUAACCAGACUCAACUGAUUAAAUUUACACUAGUUGAGGCAGUACAUAACACUACAGGGAGAUAACUCUGUUAAAAUCAGCUGAACGUUUUAAUCACGUUCUAUUGUUAAGGAAAUAUUAAGCUUCUCAAUGAUCAAAAUUAGUGUUUGUCAAACUGCUAUAUUAACCAAUGAAAUUUUCCGAUAAAGUGUGUGGUUCAAGUUUUAUGAAGUUUUUAUAUUUUUGUCAAAGGGUCAAAGUAAAUAUUUUGUCAAAAUUUUAUUAAAAUUAAACAAGCCAAAUUAAUUUGAGUCAAGCUGUUUGGUACCACCUUAGGUGGUUACCAGAUUAAAAAUUUCAGUGUAACACAGUUUUAAAAACAGUCUUACUAAUGUAAGUUCAGACAUAAGUCAUUCUCUAUCCAAUCAGAUUUAGUGUUACAUCACAUGCUUAGAAAUAAGGGAGAUCAAUCAUUGCAUCAUUUAAACAAAUUAAUACCUCAGUGGUUUUUUUAGAGUGUAUAAGAGUUAGGAGAUGAAGCAAUACAUUACCCAUUUGUCUUUCAAACUAAAAAAGUGAAUACAAAUCAUUACAUCAUUAUUUUUUAGGGGACACAUGCUAGAAGUAUGUUUUGUUGUAAUCAUAAUAAUUUACUGUGAAGAGUUAUAACACUUUGUAAUAAAAUGUCCAAAGUUCCAUUUAUUUAUGUUACAACUCUCCCCUAUUUCUACUAGAAACAGGUACGUGUUUCUUGAAAUUAGUUUUCAUUAAGAAAUAACUUUCGUUCUGUGUCUCUAAACCUUAGACUUGUGCUUUGCUAUUUUUGUGUUCACUGUAAAAAUCUAGUGCUCUAGUUUUAAUUGUACAUAAAUUGCCAGUUAUAAACACUAAUUUAUAUCAUUAUCAUUUGUAUAUUUCAUUUAUUGACCAGAAAAUUGGUAAUUAAAAAAAUGCUUAUGAAAAUAUGUUGUUAAAACUUGUCAGAUAUUAUGUUAUUUAUAAAAAUUAAUUUUUAUCUUGACUAACGAUGUGAAAUAGACGUGUGGAUUUAAAAUCCAUCAAAAUGCUGCAUGAAAAAAUAAUAAAUGCUUGAUAUAUAUUUAUUUCGGUAUGUAAAAUUGCAACAGUUAUUUUCUGUAUGUACUUUUAAAAUUCAAAAUUAAAAUAUUUGAAUUUAAUUUAAAUUAUAUUUUUUUGAAGUAUUUUUUGCAUUUAUUGAAAUGAUAGUAAUGGUUAACUCUGACAAACAAACAUGUCAUAACAUUUUUCAUUGGUUUUUAUUUAAAGAUUCGUAGAACUUACUAACUAUCCAUAGCAUUUUCUGAGCAUGCAUGCCUGAAAGAAUCUUAUCUUCCCACAAGGGGAUGAGGUGUUAAGCAAUUCUGUCUUUAUUCUUAAAAAAAAACUUCAUGGUGUAAAUCAAAUCUAUAUACAGAAAUUAACUGUUGUUUUGCUUCUAUUAUAAACAGCACUGAUAUUUAUAUGCAUUUGAAAAAAAUGUGUGAGUAGCAGAAAAAACUUUUUUCUUCUCAAAAAUAUUAAUGAAAAAAUGAUGGAAUAUUUCUUUCUGAUGUUUCUCAGUCUAAUCCAAAUCAGGCCUCUGCACUUUCCCUUAUAUUCAUUCAGGUUUUUUUUGUAAAAUAUAGUUAUGGAAAAGAAAGAAAAACACCAAAUGAAAAUAAGGAACAAGUCAAGAGAACUGAUUUUGAUAUGUUAGAAGAUAGCUACACAUGAACAUGAUUUUAUAGUCUGGAGAUGAUUAGAAUCAUUUUGAUUAUUUUGCAAAAUAGGAAUAUAUUGUGAAUACCUACGCAUAUUAUGCUAUAAAUAUUGGUGUUGUUUAUAAACCCUCUAUACUUUCCAAAUUGUAUACAUUCCUCUCAUAUAUUGGUGUAUACUGCUUACAAGAUGAGUCCAUACAUUAAGGCCUACCCUUUAAUCUUUCAAAUGAAAAAUAACUAUUUGAGCGAAUUUCAAAUGAAAUGAAUGUCAUAUUUAUAAAGUAAGUUGGAAGAAGUUUAUAGUUUUAUGAAGAAUGUUUUAAAGUAAAUUAGAUAUACUAUGAGUAUAAUAUGUAAUUAGGUGGAAACCUUGAUCGACUUAAACUGCUGAAGAUCAGUGAUUCUCUCCCAGCACUCUGGAUUCCUCCACCAAUAAAAACUGACCUCCACAAAAUAACAUAAUAGUGCUGAAAGUGGUGUUAAACACCAAUCAAUCAAUCAUGAUUGAUUUAAGCAACCAAAUUGAGCUAUCUGUAAGCAGUAUACACUUACGAUAUUUUUAGUUAUUAGUCAUAGAUGUAGGUGCUAACGGUAUACAUUAUUUUUAUUUUAACUGUUGUAUUACAUUUAGGAGACAUUUGCAAUAAUUUAUUGUUGUUUUAAUACUCUUUACAGCAAUUUUUAGAGUUGUUUUGACUUGUUGACGAAUUUUAAACUCGCAAUAAUAAUUUUAUGGCAAUUAUUUAGUUUUAGAAAAGUGUUAUAAUUUGAAUGCAUUUUAAUUUCAUUUUAAUGGUAACUAAUAUCUGCAUUAUCAAUUUUCAUUUUAAAUUUUAUGAUUUAUUAAUGAGAUUUGCAAUUCUUGUUUCUUUUUUCCUGUCAUACAAAGACAAGUGGGAUUAGUUUGAAUUAUCUCCCUUUUGGUUUUCUAAAAAGAAGAUGGCUUAAUUUAUUUGCUUACUAAUGUGCAGAGGGAUAUAUAUCACACUUCCUUUAUUCAUGAAUUAAAAACUGUUUUAUUUAAGCAUCAUUAGAAAUUUAGUGUCUUCUAGUCAGAAGAUCACUCAAAAGGGGAGAUAAUCCACUCAUAGCUUUUUUUUGUCUUUCUAAUAUACAGGGUACUUGUUAAUUUUAAAUGUGAUUAUAAACAAAUGCUUAAUUGUAUGGGGGUUAUUACUUGUUAGGUUAGUUAUUGGCACUGUUUUGAAUAGAGAUUGUCUGAUCUAUUAAUACAUGUAAAAUGAAAUGAAUUUGUUCAGAAAUGUAGUUAUGAAAUUAAGUAUGUAAGAAAUGUAGUAAUGAAAUGAAGCUUCUUAAUACCUAUACAUUUUAUGUCAAAAGUAUGCAAAGUCAAAUAUAUAAAGCAAUAAGAUAUUUAUAUUUCAACAACUUUUUGUUUGAAGAAUGAUUAGAAUAGAUUUGAAGGUAGUUUUUGCAGCAUUUAUUAAUUUUUUUAAAACAAUAAAAUGCUUUAUAUUUUAUUGUUUUGUUUACAAACACUUGAUGGUAUUUUGACUUACGUGAAUGUAGACUGCUUCAUAAUUCAAACUGGUGUUUGAUUUUCAUGAACACAUGUUUUUUUUUUAUCACAUUCAUUUAAAAAAAUAGAUAAGAAAUAAAAUUUUCUAAGCAUUUAUAUUGAAUUUAUUCAAUCGAAAAAAAUUAAGUGCCAUGUGAAUAGUUCUAAUAACACAAGUUGUUGUCUUUGAUCAUCAUUUUCCUAAUGUUUAAUAUUUCAAUAUUACUAUCAAGUUCAACUUGACCAUAGUAAUAAUACACCAAUUUUAAGUCUGUGUAAUUACUGGUUCUCACCUGUAUUUUGCACCAGUUGACCAAUUGGCAUUUGGAAAUCUUUUGAUCUUUGUGUUAAUUGUUUAUUUCACACAUACAUACUGAAAUAGUUUUGAAAAAGGACAAAAAUCAACACAAGCAGGCAAGAACCAGGUUCUAAUAUUAUUAUUAGGAAUUUCUGUCUCCUUAUAUGAUUUAUUUACAUUAAAUUAAACCCCGACAAAAUUAAUUUAAAUAUGAUGCAGACAUUUAUUUUGUAAUAAUUAUAAAAUAUUUUAAUUGUGCAAAAUGUUUUAACUGUGUUUGUUUGAAAUCAUAAAAAUUGAAAUUAUACUCAGCAGUGUUUUAAUCUGUAAAACUAAUAAAUUCAUUCACAAAUUAUUAGUUUUUAUAUAUAUAGCAAGCCUUUAAGAAUUUAUAUUUACAAAUUCAAAUUUUGAUUUUAGCUGUAUAAAAUAAUUUUAGAGAUACAGAUAAUAAUGUUUUCAUACUUACAAUAUGUAUACAUGAUGCUCAGAUUGUUUGAAAAGUCAAGUGGAAUUGAACAAUAGAUAAAGUUUAAACUAUGAGAAUAAUAUGCUUUGUAUUUUAAAGGGAGAUAAUAUUAUUAUUACUUCCCUUGACAACUUCUACAUCAUAACUGUACUCUGUAUUGAUGAUAUUUGUACUCGUAGAUAACAUUUUUUAUUUAGGAAAAUUUCUUUUAAACAGUCUCUAUAGUUCAAGCCUCUAACUUGUAGAAUUUUAAGUUUACUCCCAAUAUUGAAUUUUAGUUAUCUUUUUGUUAAUAUACAAAGAUUCUGAUUCGUUGCCUCUGUAUAAUUACUACAUCUGUAUGCUACAGACAUACCGAUUUGUAUUAAAGCUGUGUAAAACUAUUGUUACAUGUUGAUGAUAUAUUAAGUGUCAUAGAUUAUUGUUGGACAUGCCAAAAAAUAUUGUACAUGUCAAAAUAUGCAAUAAAAUAGUGAAAAAUUAA